AUGAUCAAGGGACUACAGGCCCAAAUAGAAGUAAUCCAAAGCCAAGCUGCGGAAGACUGCAAGCAACUCCGGGAGCAGCUGGAUACCAUCGCGAAAGCGUCAGUUAACGCAGCUCUCAUGCAGACCAAAUCACAGCCAUCAUUUGCAGACAUAAUCAAUAGCCAAUCUGUUCACCAGCAUGGUAUACGCCUAGGCCCUCUCGGCCCUCCAGUGCCUCCUACAAUGGCUAAUACACUAUUCUGCACAAUUGACACGUCUCGCGUCAGAGAAGAAGACAAAGCCAAGGCGCAGAUAGCUAACGAGAUACAGGGAAAUGAAGGAAUGGAGACCUGGCGCUGUGCAGCAGUGAUUAAGGAUCCAAAGAAUGCUGACCAAGUUAAAAUUAUUUGCAGACAGGAGGAUGAGAUCCUACGUGUCAAAGAGGCUGCCUAA